AUGAAGGAGGUGGCGGACGGCUGCUUCCAGCAGCUCUACGGCGAGAUCGUGCGCUCCAUGCUGGAGCGGUACCCGUGGCAGGCGGAGGGCGCGGAGCAGGCCGCGACGCCGACGCCCGAGGAGGAGGCGGCGCACCGCGAGGCCGUCAUCAUCAAGCUGGAGGCCAUGGGCUACGACGUGGGCUGCCGCUUCGCCGAGCGAGCGGCCAGAGACCGGCCGCGCAUGCUGGAGCCGCUGGACGUGAUCAAGUUCGUGUGCAAGGACUUCUGGAUCGCCAUCUUCAAGAAGCAGAUCGACAAGCUGCAGACCAACCACCGGGGCGUCUUCGUGGUGCAGGACUUCAGCUUCCGCUGGCUGGCGGGCAUCUCGGCCGCCACGGAGCAGGAGACGCGGGAGAUGGCGCUGCUCUUCCUGGUCUUCCCCUGCGGGAUGAUCCGAGGCGCGCUGGCCAACCUCGGACUCACCGCGAUCGUCAACGCCGACGUGCCCGACGUGCGCGCGCUUCCUGGAUGUUUAUUUAACAUUAAGAUUAAGCAGGGGUGA